UUGUUGGUCGAGAUAAGUUCGAUGAGGGAAAGUGAAAAAUCCCCACUUGCAAAGGGGAACUUCCCCAAGACAUACGACCGAUUGACCGACAGUACUCAAGUGAAACCGAAGUACUGUUAGUUCUUUGGCGGCCGGUUCUUUGAUCGGUAUUUCCUCAACGUGCGUGAAGCCGAGCUAGUUUAAAGUGCGCUUUGCGGCUGGAUUUUUGGGAAUUCUUCACUUGAUAUGACAGUGAUCGUUUAAGCCAGCAUGAAGAUCUCGAGCGCUCGUUUCCUGCAAGCUCUUUGUUUGGUGAUCGUAGCAGUGAAUGCAGAUGUUCAUGACCCUCAGUCGUGGCAGCCGCUCUUGCAUAGCGAUUUCUUCCAUCAGCCCUCAAAACCCGCCUAUGGAGGUGGAGGAUUCGGACUCUUAACUGGAGGAUAUCCUGCAGAGGAACCUUUGGAGGAACCAAACGACCAAUGCAGCGUCUACAAAGUGGGAUUCACACAGGAUUUGUACUUCCAGUACAUCCAAUACAAAGCAGACAUUCCAGAUUUGAAGCAGUUUACCAUUUGCUAUUGGGCCAAAUCGACCAAUCAUUCGAACGAUCAUCCCAUCUUCUCCUAUGCUGUUGAUGGCCAGCCAAAGGCCAUCUACGCCUGGAUAUCCAACACGGACCGUUCCAGCUACUUCAGCCUGAACAUAGAUGGCCACACCUUCUAUCGCCUCAACUACCCAUUGAGACUCAACAAAUGGUACCACACGUGCCAGAGCUGGAACGGAAAGACCGGGGAAUGGCAGAUUUGGGUCAAUGCUGAGCGUGUUGGGCGAGGCUUCCACAACAGGCUGGUGGGUCAUGUGAUCCCAUCUGGAGGCAUUGCCAUUACAGGGCAGGCGCAGAGUCAACUAGGGGGCGGGUUCCAAGAGGGCUACGAGGCGCCUAAAGGUUCCGGAGGAAUGUUGGGCGAGAUCACAAUGGUGCAGCUGUACAACGUGGCGCUAACGGCGGGCAAAGCCCACAAAGACCACAAGCACCAUCACGCCCACCAAUACGACCACAACGGCAACAUGAUCACCACCCCAGCGCCCACUACGACGGUUCGCUCGCCUUUGCCCGCCCACCCGCUGCUGACAGGCGGGCAGCUGAACAACCGCGGCACCAGAAUCAACUUCGCCACUGGGCAGCAGCCGCAGCUGAUCCAGGGGCAGGAGUAUAACGUGGGGUACGCCAAUGGGCAGCUGAUAGGGGGCGUUGUCACCCAGCAGCUGACCAAGGGGGCGCAGUUUGCGCAGUUCCUGCAACCGCAGCCUCAGCAGGUCUUCUCGCAGCAGCCGCUGCUGCCCCAGGGGGCUGGCAGCUUUGGCACCCAGGCGGUGGGCUUCGCCUCCAAUCAAAAUCCUGCCAAUGUCCAGUUCGUGGGCGCAUAUGGAGGCCACGCCUUGUUCAAGCGACACAACCAGGCCCAGCAAGCUGAGGAAGCGGACUUGGACAGUCCAAAGUUCGGGGACAAACUGUCCAAGAAAGUCGAUAGUUUGAAGGAGAAAAAGCACUCGAAGCGAGGGCUGUUUGUUGCGGGUGGGACCUUGUAUGACGACGGCCUGCUUGGUGGGCCGGCAGCAGGAAGUCCCACCUACCAGCAAAGCCUCCAGUAUGGACUGGCGGGGAUCGGCAACAAUGCGCCCAUACUGAAGCUGCAGAAGGAGAGCGAUGAACGGGAACCGGCCGAAGCUGAAGUGAAGGCCGUGAUGAACAUCUGCACGGGUUGCGAUCCGGAGCCUUUCGAUAAGGCGUUGGUGUUCGGUUGGAGAACAGUUGCAAAAAAAUUGUUUUCUGGCGCUUUUUACACGCCGGCAGUACCACAGUGCAAGGUGUUCUAAGAGGUGAGGCGCAAGGGACUUGUACAUACGUAGGCAAUAGUGUAGCAUCGUUUUCAUUUGCCAUCGCCACCCAUUAUUAGUCAUGUUGGUCAUAGUAUUUAUGUUUUGUGUCAUUCGUUGGUUCUUGUAGCGUAGGCCCUGAGUAUUAUACAUGUUUAGGUCAA